GCACAUUACGCAUUCAUGAAUUCAGGACCAGAUUUCAAGCAAAAAGCUUGUUUUUAUACGCUUCAUUCAAAUCGACAUUAUACGAACAGAAAAUCUCCAAAUUUUGGAAUAUGGUAACAUGAACCUCUUAGCCUGGCUAUAAUUAAACUAGUAAUGGAAUCGACAAGCUUUUGUUUUAGUUUACGUUGCUUGCUUGAAAAUCUGAUGAGUUUCAGAAUUAACGAUAUUUCAGACAUAGCUGCAACUGCGGUUUAAAAGUAUGAAUCGCCUUCACAAUGAGCGAGUUCUUCGGAGCAGCAUGACACGACCGUGUUCUGCUUAUUAGUGAGAGUUGUGGUCGUCCUGUGAAAACAAAACUUUACAUCUAUUAUAUGUUAGUGAGGGGUUUCACCUAUAAGUACAGAAACAUUGAGCCAAAAAUAAAGUAAACGCUGUCAAGACUGUGGUUAUGUGGUACACCGCAUGAUGGCGAUGACGAUGCCUCAACUUGCGGUGAAUUCUAGCCCUCUGUAUGUAGUAAGUCCAGUGCCUUAAGUGGGGUUAAAAUGUGCGGGGGCACCCAGGAGUGCAUGUUAUUAUGUCAAGGGGCGUCGCGGGAAAAUAAGCUUCAGUUGCAUUUCAACGAAAAUUAUUCACAGAUUUUAAAUGGGGGCCCGCGGAGUUGGGGAGGGGGUCGGGCAUCCGCUGGGGGAGUACUCCCUGUGCCUCCCCCCAGUAGUUACGCCACUUAGUAUGUCCAGCAGGUAAACUUGGAAUGGCGACAGGCGAUAACUACUUUGUCUAAUUAUAGACGACGUCAGGUCGUGACUCACACCAACAGCUGUUCUCGGUAAUACCAUGAUCACUGCGCCAGCCAGAGCGCGCGUCGAAAACUUAACUCGCAAGUUGUGUCAAGUGCGCGCAGCAAUUACCCAACCUCGUUGCCAAUCAUAAUCGUCUAAAUCAAAACAUUCCAGCUGAUAUCAAGUGGUGGAGGGCAGGUCGCAGUCGGAAGUUGGUGACCCCGUUGUAUUCCGUUGGUGGUGAGCACAGGCACAGGAGGACGGCCCAGCUACAGCCCCGCGAGUCCUGGUCCUGCACUUGCCUCGAUCUGCACAACCAUAUAAAUUAAAUCCACUGAGCCCAGACAAGAUAUCGAAAACAAAAAAAAUCGGUGGGGCCACGGACGAAAGUCAGCCAUGUUUCAUGACCACUGACGGCCGUGCAUUCACAUUCGCAGAGAUCCUGUGUCACCGCGUGUUCUAAUGCCAAGCAAUUUGAAUUCCACAACUGCCAUAAAAGCGUAAACAAUAAACGCUCACCAAACACGACAGCGGACCCAUGAUGGACGCCUCCAGCUCCGUGACGUACUGCCGCCUGCUACUGAUCCUUCUCGGGGUACAUGCGGCAAUUGCCUUCGCCAAACCGAGAGCUAAGCCAGAAAUGGGUCGUGGGAGCACUCGGAUCCGCGCCGAGACGUCGACCACGGUGGAGAGCAGCAGGCGAAGUCAUCGGCGGAGGAUGGGUUCGCCGAUGUCAACGGAAAUCAUCAAGAACUUGGCGGAAUACAAAGUGGAGAUUGCUCGCAAGAUGACCCGCGUGCGGACGCCGGAAGAGUUCCUACGGGUAUUCUUCACGGUGGACUCGGUCAAAUCGCGCUGGACGAAGAUGGUGAACGAGUCGGUGCAGAACGCCUGGCGUGCCGGCCGGACGCAAGACGUAGAGGCGGAACGGCCCACUUUCACUCCGGAAACUGCAGAUCAAGAAAUGACUGAAGUCAACCGCCAUGGUGUCAGCGUCCAGUGCCGCGAGCCCAACCCGGUCCUCGUAGACAUGUACAAGGAACUGAACCUCACGCGUGGCGGACUGGUCUUUGUGUAUCCGGAGUGCACCAAGGUCAGCCGUUGUGACAGAAGCGGAUGUUGUCAGGGUGGCGCCCCCUGCGUGGGCAAACAGAGCGCACGAGUGAACAUCACUAAACCGUUUAUCAUUGUGACAAUCAGGCAUGAUUCCUCCAGACACAAAGACGCACGUUAUCUGAAGCACAGCGUCUAUGCCGACACGGAGUGCAUGUGCAAGGAGCGGCCGCAGAUUCCCGUCUGCCAGCCGACCGUCUGUUCUCAGACCAUGUCCUUUGACGCAGUCACCUGUCGCUGUCUGUGCAACAAGCCCUGUCCCAGGCCGUACAUACAGGACCCGGACACAUGCGACUGUAGAUGCGACCAAAAAGAUGGUGGCUGCAAGAAGAUCAAGCGCUCCAGGCGGAGAAUGGCUGCCACCGAGUGCACAUGUGUAAUGGAUAAUCGUUGUCUACAACCAGCGUGCAACAAGGGCUACACGUUCUCCACAAGUUCUUGUAAAUGUACAGCCACAGGUAGCAAACAGCGCAACCCAAAUCGGAAGCGAGAUCGUAACCGAGACGGGCGAACAGACACCCAUGGCGAUUCACCCCACCCACCACCGCCCGACCGCCGAGGCCGCACAAACAUCGACCAGGUGGUGCCUUUUGACAUGUCCAGCGGCCCCAACGUCGUCUCGGAUAGCUUGUCCUCCGGCAGCGACGACCAGGAGGAACCUCUCAGCCACGACGGGCUGAUGGUCAGUUGGGCUUCUCAUGAAACCGGCGAAUCGGAGGACUGUGGGGCGUCCUGCCAGCACCAGAAGGUCCCCCAAGGAAGUGACAAUGGUAGUGGGGGCGGAGGUGGGGCGGAAGGGGGUGUGUUGGAUUUUUAAAAUCAGCGCGAAAAUCCUGGCUCCUGGGGGUGUGACUUGUGGGAGGGAAAUAAGUGGUGAAGCAACUUGUAACAACUCUUGAGUCGUUAUCAUUCAGUCACGUUAUUAGCUGGAACUUUUAAAAAAAUUUUAAUCUUUCCCAUAGGCCUAUUUUCACCUCGAAAAGUUGAAUGUCUUUUUUAGAGUGUACACCCUCCCAGGUAUAGUCUGAUGGUUUCAUGCACGGGCACCCAUGAACCUUUUGCUAUGCAAACAAGUAGUGUCGGUGAAACCAAACCCGAGCAACUCCGAGCUCUUCUCGCAUACGUUCCUGGUUCCCACCCAGCCCCGAAGGAUGUGCCGCGCUAAUAGUUCGGCUGCGGCCUUACCUGCGUCCAGCUGCACAGGUGAUGCCUUUGGGUCAGAUGUACAGAGCCCUCUCUUCUUUAGGCAUUGGUUAGUUGGUUCACACGCCCCAGUUCCGUCUAAUGAAGCAAUGACUUGUAUUGUAUGAAGUAUAAAAAGCCUUUUGCGAGUUAAAUUUGAAUAAAGUCUGGUACGAUAUGUUGUCCGAUUGCACAUAAACAUAACAAUCUGAAUUUCCCAGGGUAAAGACACCAUUGUUACACCCCGUCAAUGUGACUCGGGCAAUUCAAGCUUUUGCAUAGCGACCGCCUUUUUUGGGAUGGACUGGUUCCUUUGUACCCUUCUUAUCCAUUGACAAGAGUGUAUUGGUGCAAGAUGUUUCUCAAUACGUAACUUAGUAAAAGCUUGCCCGAAUCACUAGGUAUAGCAACAGUAUCUUUAGUAUGAGAAUCCAAAUUGAUAUGUUCACGAGAAUUCAAGGAACCCAUUACACCAGCUUUUAUUCAAAUUUAACUCGCAAAUAGGCUUGUUGUUAAAACGCCCGUCAGUCGCCGUCUUGUUUGCAUGACAGAAUAUAUUAUAGUGAUUGAAGUCUGAUAGAUUUAAAGUACUUCAGCAAAUUCGCUUUGGUUUAUUUCUUGGAAGCCACCAAAAGGGCCAAUUUAGAUUAAACAUUUUUUCGUACUUUUACUGUAUUUAGCAUUCAAUGUACAUUGCGCUGUACUAGAGGCCUACUGGCAUGGACAGCAAAAAAAUGAAGUCGCCUCGGUACAGACUAAUUUUUCGCGCACCCAGGACAUGCGCAACAGGCGCCACCUUUCUUAUUACGUUGUGUUUGCAGCUGUUGUGGGAGUCUCCAUUAAUGAACGGAUAAACCUAACAGCAACUAAAAACAUACCGACAUACAUUCACCAAAAGCAUUGUGAACUGAAAUUUUAGAAACCAGAGUGUUAGGCGUAAAGUAGAAAAUGAAUUGGAUCAGUGUGAAGUUCAAUUUUAUUUGUGAAUUUUUAAACGAAAAAACCUUGCGAAUUCAAAAUCACCCCUAGAGCAUAAUGGUAUGAUCCAAUAAGGCGGCUGUUCCAAGCAUGAUGAUUUUCGUCAACAAAAAGUACGAUUUCUACACAUUAAACCUCCCUUGUUUUAAAACAUAAUUCUUUUCGCUUAUAAUUAUUAAUGAAUCAACUGAGAAAGGAGUUUUAGACUUUCAUCGACGUGUAAAACUGACAUGAAAGUGCGGUCAUAAGCACGAUCGCGCGUGCACGUGCAUUUUCAUAUAAGCCUACUCGGUUCGAUGUCACAGACACGAGUCGACUGCUGUGUCCCUGGAUGAAGCUUUUCCAUGAAUCCGCAAUGCUACAUUGUUGAGGAGGCGCAUUACUCCAAGGUAAAUUCACUGAUUACUCCUAACCGUUGAAAACUGCUCCUUUCUUUAAGGGAAUGAGAACCUGUCAUGCUUGUUUCCCACCCUGACCCCGCGGACGAUGUUCGCUUGUCCUACGAACGCCCUAUAAUCCAUAGAUUUCACGCAAGAUAAACUACAAGACCGUCGAUUUAAACAUUGAAAAUGCCGUGCUGUUUUUUUUUCUCACAAAGCAGUUGACUCAAACAUGAAACAAGUGAGUGAAAUGUACCGGUAAACCGGUAAGUUGCAGUAUAUAUUACACACCGUAAUCAGCCAAUCCUGUGAAAUUACGACAAAAAACAAUGCUGUCCAUCACCAUUAAGAAAGGGGACCCUGACUCACCUGAAACCUGGUAAAAUAACGUAAAUCUUGUUCCUGUCUUUAAUUAGUAUAAAUGUACUUGCACUUCUAAGACUUGAAGCAACCGAUAGCAAGAGUAUAGUAUCAAUAUAGUCAUGCAACAGUUUACAUGAAUGUGGGUACAGGCAUUAAUUCCAACUAACGACCAAUAACUGUAAUACAAAUGGCGGCUGGUACGACAGCAAUAGCUGUAAAUCCCGCGUUCAUAGCCGUUUUCGUGUCAAAUGUAAAAAAGUGGAUACCUUCACUAAUUACUGCAGCGUUUUGUGUUGUCGAAUGGCAACAUUUACCAAUCCUCUGUCGCAAACGUGUACCCCACAACAUUCGCGGUGAUGACUUUAUUUACUGCAUUUAGCACAGACGGACGGCUAUUUGGCGGAACAAUCAUUGUUGCUUUUUCGGUGUUGUACGGUUAACUUUGGACUCUGGUGUCAGUUUUUGCUUCUUUUCAGACCUGUAAUACAGUUAGAUCUACAAUUAUUAGCUAUCGAUGUUAUUGGUGUUAUUUAUUAUACUCUGUCCGUGCUGCCACAGUUGUCCAUCCUUUUAAAUGUAAAUACGAUUUAAAAUAUUGAAAUGAAUGUAGAAAUUAUAUUUAACAGGACAAUCGACCAUAGAUACUUUGACGGAAUGUACUGCUGGUCCAUUACUUCUGAAAUACAUGCGUGAUUUCUUU